GUUGCCGAGACUCGCAGACGGCAGUUAUGAGUUGGACUUCAGUGAGCAAGGAUGAGUGGUGUCUCUAGCGUUUCUGUGGCCUUGGUCUGUGCCACGAGAAAUGUGAGACAUGGAUUUGGCCAAGUGCCCCCUGGUGUGAUACUCCGACAGCCAUGGCGCAGCAGCGUGAAGACCCCGAGGCUGUCCCCUGAGCUCGCGGCAGCAUGCUCUAGUGCCUAUGGUUCCCUCGCUGGCAGCUGGGUGACUCGAGGGCCCGGCCAGCACCAUGGACACUGCCAGAUCUCCAGGCCGGCAGUUGUCAUAUCCCCCGCCCUCCACGUGUCGUAUACGACUGUUCAAGUGCCAUACUAUCGGAACUUUCACACUUCCACGCGGGCGUUCGAAAAGGAGAACCUGAAGCCCUCGUCACAAGUCGAAGUGACUGUGAAAGACCUCAAGGAGAAGGCCAAAGCGGCCGGCUCUCCGUUGCAAGACAAAAAAUUGCAGGUUGUGGAAAGAAAGUCCCUAGGUGUGAGAAUAAAAGAAGAAAUACUCCAUUAUUAUCAUGGCUUCAGGUUGCUCUUCAUCGAUACCAAAAUCUGCUUCAAAUACGUGUGGCGGAUCGUCAAUGGCGAGGUCCUGUCGAGAAGAGAACACAGACAGCUGGUGCGGACGACGAGCGACCUGUUCCGGCUGUUGCCCUUCUCCGUGUUUGUGAUUAUCCCCUUCAUGGAGCUCCUGCUUCCUGUGGCUCUCAAGCUCUUCCCUGGCAUGCUUCCCUCCACGUUCGAGACGGCCAACGAAAAGGAAGCUAAAAUGAAGAAGAGACUGAAAGUGAAAUUAGAGAUGGCGAAGUUCCUGCAACAGACGCUUGACAACAUGGCAGUGCAGGCCAAAGGUCACCGGUCGGAAAGUGCAAGAGAGUUUGUGAUGUUUUUCGAAAAGAUACAAAAAACAGGAGAGAAUGUAAGUAAUGAAGAGAUUCUCAAGUUCAGCAAGUUGUUCCAAGACGAGAUCACUUUAGACUCGCUGUCCCGGCCACAGCUAGUUGCUCUGUGCAAGCUCCUGGAGAUGCAACCCUUUGGCACAAACAAUUUCCUGCGAUUUCAGCUGAGAUUAAAACUCAGAAACUUGGCAGCUGACGACAGGAUUAUUCAGCAAGAAGGUGUAGAUUCCCUAGCUGUCUGGGAGCUCCAGCAGGCCUGCAGAGCCAGGGGCAUGAGGGCGUAUGGUUUGUCAGAAGAACGGCUGAGACUCCAACUGCACCAGUGGUUGGACUUGAGUCUUAACGAGAAGGUUCCCCCGUCAUUACUCCUCCUGUCAAGGACACUGUACCUGCCAGAGAACGUGCGCCCAUCAGACACCUUGGCAGCCACCAUCUCCACCCUGCCAGAGGAGGUCGCCACUCGCACCAAAGCAGCCAUUGGCAAGCGCGAGGGCAAGAUUGACAACCUGACGCGUCUGGAAGUGAUCCAAGUAGAAGAGAGGAAGAUUGCCGAAGAUAAGAAGGAGUUGGAACGCGUGUUGGAAGAGAAGAAGCUGAAGGAGGAGCAGGCGAAGAAGAAGGCGGAGGAGGAGGCGCAGCGACAAGAGGAAGCAGUACAAAAAGCUGCCAAGGAAACCGAGGCAGAAAUUCUCCUUCCUGGCGCCGACGUGUCUCAGCUAACUCCCUCGGCGAACAAGAUCUUGACGGAAGGAGUGCAGGUUGCAAAGGCCACCGUGUCUGCUUCAGGAGAGAUUGAGGCGGACAAAGAGAAACUGGUUGACAAAGCGCCAGUAUUGGAAGAUAAAGCUGAAGUGCUGAGCGAGGAGGUGCCCAAGUUGGCCGUGGAGGUUGCAGCUGCCAAGGAGCUAACAGAGCUGACGGCAGAGGACCUUCGCGAGGUGGAGGAGGCUCUGGAGACCCUGGGAGUGGAGAAGAACAGGCUCAUCAUAGAAGAACGGGAACUCUCUGAGCUGAAGAAUGAGCUGGCAGACUACCAGGAGGACGUGGAGGACUUUAAGAAGGCCCUGAUCGAAGCUGGUCUGAACAAGAAGGAACUGCGAGAAAGCAAGGCAGCUCGAAGACUCUUCAUCCGCGUGAACAAGAUGAUCAGCAAGAUGGAGCCGUUGUUGGACGGCGUGGGGAAGGAGAAGGCUCAGCGGCAGAAGAUUGUGGAUGCUGGGGAAGCCAAGGCUAAGGAUAAGGCUGAACUUGUGAACCUGGAAGAGUUGGCCCGCCACAUGACCUACAUCUGCCACGCUCCCGAUACCUCCAAGGUGGAGAUGAUCCGGGACGUGUUGGCGAAAAUGGACUUUGACCAAGAUGGAGCUGUGAAGGUGGAGCACGUGCUGCGAGUCAUGGAGCUCAUGGUGGACGAGCAGGUGGGCGUCUCCCCGAAGCUGUUCGAAGAGGUGAUCGAGAUGGUUGCCAAGGAGGAGCAGCUGGAGACGGCCAAGCUCAUCAAGCAUGCCCUGGAAUCUGCCAAGGUGAACUCCCAGGAGGAAGCCGCCGCCGCCUCCUCUCCAUCAUCUUCUGAUUCUUCAUCCUCUGUGUCGUCUUCUUCGUCUUCUUCAACACUCCAAGAAAGCGCGCCCCAGAGUAUUGUUCAAGAUGCUUCUCCGGUCGAGAGUGAAUCGAAAAUAGUGGCUGACGAAAUAGACUUGAAAGAUUACCAGGCCAACAAAGACUCAGUGAUCGAAUCUACAGACAAGACUGAAGUCAAGCAGCAGGCAAACAGAAGUCAAUGACAAAGAGAAAAGAAUGAGUAAUAUUGUUGGCAAUUUAGUCACCUAACUACUCAUUACCCUUUUGUUUCAGGAAUCCAAUAGAUGUUUAUUUAUUUUUUACUUUGUGUAGCUAUGAAUUAUCAGUCAGUCAGGUUUGAAGUAUGGCCCUCAUCCCAGUGAUAGACAGUGAGAUUUAAUGCAUGAGCAUUUGCUUCGCCUGAGAAUUUGAAUACCUUCUGAGCAAAAGUUGUGAGCAAUUCCAUUGGCAAGAAAUUCACACUGAAGGAUCCUUCUGUUUUGGAUUCAUUAUAAAUUUAUUAGAGGUUUAUAUAGAUUCGGAAUUUGAUUAGAAGAUGAGGUUUCUUACUCACUGAUUUUGUUAGAAGUAUAAUGGUUUAUGCAACCACCCAGAUAUCUUAAAAGCUUAUUGUAAAUAGGGAACAAUACCGGCAGUACUUUUUCUGGUACUUACUUCCAGUAUGGCAUUUUUUGUGUGCAGUAUAUUUUAACCUGUAAGUACUUCUGUAUAGGUCAACAUUUUUUGUAAAUAACCAGAUUGUAUUUAUUAUUAUAUCAGCUUGUAUAUGUGCUGUGAUAUUUGCAAAGAUAUAUUGUUAUUUGAUUUUUGUUAGGGUGAAUGAAUGAUGAUGAUGAUGUUGGAGAGUAUGUGUGAAGAGUUAGUCUGACGAGAGGAAGAUGUGUUGCAGUUUGGCACAUUUGAAGGAGGAACCUCACGAAGUCGUCAAAUGUUAUAUUUGCGAAUAAAUACGUAACGAAGGGUUAACAGUAAUGAAAUCAAACAAAUGUUUGCAAUGUUUCCUAUUGUUCCAUUAAGCAAUUGGUCUAUAAUUAGAAUACUGUUAAAUGUUUAUCUGUUUAUGGUACAAUUUUGGUCAUAUUAGUUACUUAAAAUGGUGAAAUUAACCGGAUUAGGAUUUGGAAUUUGGAUUGUAAUAUAUGCAAAUAUUAAUGAAUCAAUGAAGAAAUGCAUUUCUGUUCUUUUAAUUAUUGACUUGUACUGUAUUAGACAAAUUACAGGUAUAUACAUCAAAGAACAUCACUAUUUAAUGAGGAAAAAAAUAAAAUUAUUUUUUUUUUA